AUGGGGAUACGUAGGCGUGGACUUAUAAAAUAUUUAUUUUUAAUUCCAACAUUGUGGUUUAUUGCUAUUAUUUUAUUUUCACUUCGUACAGACUCUAUUUCACAAUCAAAAGAUGAUAUUCAAAUAAAUGUUGUUGAUAAAACAGAUGCACCAUCACUUGUUGAUCGUAUAAUUGGUGUUUUACCAUUUAAACACAAUGCUGAUAAUGAUCAUCCACCAGAAGAACGUGCCAAAGCUCUUGAACAAGCUCGUGAAAUGAAAGCUCAAGUGCAAGUUGCUGCACCAGAAGCAAAAAAAGAACAUAAUGAUCCUAAAACUGGUGGCCCCGGUGAAAUGGGUAAUGCAGUUCGUAUUGAUAAGGAUAAAUUAUCAAAAGAAGAAAGAAAAAAAUAUGAUGAUGGAUGGAAAAAUAAUGCAUUUAAUCAAUAUGUUAGUGAUAUGAUUUCAUUACGACGAAGUUUAGCUGAUAUUCGAGAUCAGGAAUGUAAAAAAGUUGAUCUUCAUCCCAAUCUACCUGAUGCAUCAGUAAUUAUUAUUUUUCAUAAUGAAGCACGUUCAACAUUACUACGCACAGUUUAUUCUGUACUUGAUCGGUCACCAGCUCAUCUAUUAAAAGAAGUUAUUCUUGUUGACGAUUUUUCCGAUAAAGAUCAUUUAAAAAAACCACUAGACGAUGAUAUUAAAUCAUUAAUCAAUGUUCGAAUACUUCGUACUGGUAAACGUGAAGGUCUUAUACGGGCUCGUUUGAAAGGUGCUUAUGAUGCCAAAGGAAAAGUACUGAUCUUCUUGGAUUCACAUUGUGAAUGCGCUGAAGGAUGGCUCGAACCUCUUUUGGAUCCUAUUGCACGAAAUCCUAAGGUAGCAGUUGUUCCAUUGAUUGAAAUUAUUGAUGAUUCUACAUUUCGAUUAACUGGUACACCAAUACAAAAUAUACAAGUUGGUGGUUUUGAUUGGAAUCUCAUUUUUAAUUGGCAUGUUACACCAGAAAAAGAAAUGAAACGAAGACAGAAAAAGACAGAUCCGAUCAGGAGUCCUACAAUGGCUGGUGGUUUGUUUGCAAUUGAUCGUGAAUGGUUCGAUCAACUUGGCAUGUACGAUCCAGGCAUGGAAAUAUGGGGUGGGGAAAAUCUCGAACUAUCUUUCAAGGUUUGGCAAUGUGGUGGUGAACUUUUGUGUGCUCCGUGUUCACAUGUUGGCCAUGUUUUUCGCAAACGCUCACCAUAUGAAUGGCCGAAAAAUAUUAAUGUUGUGAAGAAAAACACAGUUCGCCUCGCUGAAGUUUGGCUUGAUGAUUAUAAAAAAUAUUAUUACGAACGCAUUGCAAAUGACCUUGGUGACUUUGGUGAUGUAUCAGAUCGUUUAAAAAUCCGUGAACGUCUAAAAUGUAAAUCAUUUAAAUGGUUCCUCGAAAAUGUUUAUCCUGAACAGUUUGUACCAGGUGAAAGUUUAUAUUUUGGCGAAAUUCGAAGUCGUGGUAAAACAAAUAUAUGUGUUGACUCUCAAGAAAUUGAUGAUGGUGAUAAACCAAUUAUUGGUUAUCCAUGCCAUGGCCAAGCUGGCAAUCAAUAUUUUCUCAUGUCUAAAACUUUUGAAAUUCGUCGUGAAGAUAAAUGUUUAGAUUACGCUGGUGGGCAUUCCGGAUUGGGUCAGCCGAAAAAAAUUGUUUCAUUUAGUUGUCAUUCAAUGCAGGGAAAUCAAAUGUGGACAUAUGAAAAUGAUAUGCUUCGACAUGCAUCAGGUUUCUGUAUGGAAUUAUCAUCAAAAAAUGACAAAGACGUAUAUAUGUCUAACUGUGAGCCAAACAAUCAAUAUCAAAAAUGGUUUUGGAAAAAACGUAUAAACAAUUCAACACAAACAUAA